UCUGGGAUUUCCCGCCUCAUGGCACCCACGACCAAGUACCAGUCGGUAGGGCCGGCGCCGCAAAGCGACGAUGCGCCGACCAAACACCCGCUGGAGGUCGUCGGCUUCUUCUCGCGCCUCACGUACCACUGGGCGAGCGGACUCAUGGCGACCGGGAACGAGCGCCAGCUCGAAGCGAGCGACAUUUGGCCGCUCCAGGCUGCGAGCAAGUGCCGGGCGGUGGCCGCGCAGUUUCUGCCGCGCUACAAGGCGACCAACUCGAUCAUCCGCGCAUGGAUCUCGGUCUUUGGCUGGAACGCAGUUCUGAUUGGCAUCAUGCAGUUCCUUGCGAUGGUGUGCUCGCUGUACGGCCCGGUCGUUUUGCAGCAAGUGGUCUCGUCCGUCGAAGCGUCGGCCGUUGACUAUGAGCAGCUUUUGAUUUCAAUCGGGUCGCUCUUUCUCGUCAAGGUGGCCCAAGCCGUCAUUCAGACGCAGUCGGACUUGCAAAACGAGGUGCUUUACGUCCGGGCGACGUCGGCGCUGCAAGACCUCCUCUACAAGAAGGCGCUGUCGCUCAACGCCAAGUCGCGCAAGACCAAGAGCACGGGCGAGAUCUCCAACCUCUUUACGGCCGACAUGUGGUGGUGCCUCACGGUCUCGUUCACGGCCAACCAGAUCUGGAUCAUCCCGCUCCAGAUUGUCGCGCUCCUCUUUCUGCUCUGGCAAGUGCUCGGCUACGCGAUGCUGCUUGGCAUUGCCGUCAUGCUUUUCACGUUCUACCUCAACCGCGUCGUCGCGACCAAGCAGCGCGACGUGUGGGAGACGCUCAUGGAGAAGGAGGACGCGCGCAUGAAGGUGGUCAACGAGGUCUUUGGCGCGAUGCAGAUCAUCAAGCUCAACGCGUGGGAAGAGCGGUACUACGACAAGAUUACGUCGCUGCGUAACGACGAACUCAAGUCGCUCUGGCACGAGACGAUUCUCGCUGCGCUCUCGUCGACCAUGAACAACGUCGCGCCUGUCCUCCUCACAACCGUCUCGUUUGGCGCCUACGUUCUCUGGCUCGGCGAAACGCUAACCGCCUCCAAGGUCUUUACGGCGCUCAGUCUCUUUUCGAUGAUCAAGGCGCCCAUGAUGCGGCUCCCGCAGAUCAUUGCCAACUGGAUGCAAGCGUACGUCUCGUACGGUCGCUUCUGUGACUUUCUCGCGCUCGCCGAGAAGCAAGACGACGUUGUCUCCUCCGACGUCUCGGGCAAUGACGUGGCCAUUGAGAUUGUCAACGCGUCCUUUGGCUACGACACCGACAAGCCGCCGCUCUUCUCCAACGUCAACCUUCAAGUCAAGCGCGGCGAGUUUGUCGUGAUCCAUGGCUCGGUCGGCGAAGGCAAGUCGUCGCUCUGCAACGUCCUCCUCGGCGAACUCGACAAGUACGCGGGGUCGGUCGGCGUCAGCGGCCGCGUCGCGUACUUUGCGCAGCAGCCGUGGAUCCAAAACAUGACGAUCCGCGAAAACAUCCUCUUUGGCCACCCGUACGACCGGAAAAAGUACAGUGCCGUCCUCGAAGCGUGUGCUUUGACCAAGGACCUGACGCUCUUUGCGGCCGGCGACCGCACCGAGAUUGGCUCGAAAGGCGUCAACGUCUCUGGCGGUCAAAAGGCGCGCAUCGCGCUCGCGCGAGCGUGCUACAGCGACGCCGAUAUCUUUCUUUUGGACUCGCCCUUGUCGGCCGUCGACGCGAUCGUCCAGAACGAGAUUUUCACCAAGUGCUUUCUCGGUCUCUUGCGUCACAAGACGAUCUUGCUCGUGACGCACUCGCCCGACAUCAUUGCGUCGUCGUACAUUGACCGGACCAUUGAAGUCAAGGACGGGACGCUGCUGACACAUGCGCUCCAGGCGGACAAGGCCGACCACCCGAUCCUUGUGGCGCCGCUUAAAGCCCGGACGCUCUUCUCGGACGACGAAGUUGUCAACGACGACGUGGUUACCGGCGCCUCGGUGCUCUCGUACGCGGACACGCUCGUGUCGCCGUGCAUCAAGUCGCCGUUUGGUCAUGACCUCGAGCCGCAGCUCUUCACGCCGUACGACGCCAAGCAGCCGCAAACGUACAAUGAAAGCGGCGGCAAGCUCGUGGUCGAGGAAGAGCGCAUUGAAGGCCGCGUCUCGAAAGAGGUUUUCUUCGCGUACUUUGCCGCGGCGGGCGGGUGGCCGGUCGUGUUUGGGCUCCUCGUCAUCCAGUGCUUUUGGCAAGGCCUGAGCAUCUGCAGCGACUUGUACCUUGGGUACUGGACCAACACGGCGCUGAUCUUGACGCCGACCGAGUUUCACGCGAACGCCGAGUACAACAUUAGCAUCUACUCGCUGCUGGCGCUCGGGUCGGCGGCCAUGGUGGUCGUGCGUGUCCUCACCGUGUCGCUGGCUGGCAUGCGCGCGUCCAAGGUGCUCUUCGAAGGCAUGACGCAGUCACUCUUGCGGGCGCCGAUGCGGUUUUUCGACGCCAACCCGCUCGGGCGGGUGCUCAACCGGUUCAGCGGCGACAUGGGCCAAGUCGACGGCCGCAUUCCAUGGUCGUUCAGCUACUUUUUGUCGACUCUCUUUGUGCUCGUCUUCUCGCUCGGCACGACCAUGGUGGUCAUUCGCAGCUUGGGGCUGGCCUUGCUGCCGCUCAUUUACAUUUACUACAAUGUUGGUUCGCGCUACGUGCAGCCGGCCCGGGAAAUCGAACGGCUCUCGAAAACCACCAAGUCGCCGUUGAUGACGCACAUCUCCGAGACGAUUGACGGCGCGGUGCUCCUUCGCGCGUUCGGUGCGAAGCAAGUGCGCCGCUUUGAGCGCCGCCACCAGGCCAACGUGGACAAGAACAACCAAGUGCUUUUCGCUGGCGACCUCGCGGGCCAGUGGUUUGCGCUGCGUAUCCAGCUCAUCUCGGCGGCGAUGCUGCUCGUGACGACCUUGUCGCUGGUCUACCUCCGCAACGUCCUCUCGCCCGGCUUGAUUGGCCUCGUCUUCAACUACGCGCUGCAGAUCACGGCCAACUUGGAAGGCAUGGUGAGCGUCUGGUCGGGCCUCGAGAUGGCCAUGGUCGCGCCGGAGCGAGUCGCCGAGUACACCAACGUCGAGCAAGAGGCGCCGCGCGUGAUCGCUGGCAGCGUGGCGAAAGAGUGGCCGGCGUCCGGCAGCCUCAAGUUUGAGAACGUCAGCUUCCGCUACAAGCCCAACGACCCGCUCGUGCUCAAGGACCUCAACUUUGACAUUCGGUCGGGCGAGAAGAUUGGUAUCGUCGGUCGCACGGGCGCCGGCAAGUCGAGUUUGACCAUGGCGCUCUUCCGCAUCAACGAGAUUGCGUCCGGCCACAUGUACAUGGACGGCGUCGACACGAAGAGCGUCGGCCUCAAGACGCUGCGCGAGAGCAUGGCGAUCAUUCCGCAAAACCCGAUCUUGUUCAAGGGCACGCUGCGCAACUACCUCGAUCCGUUUGACGACUACUCGGACGACCAGCUCUGGGACGUGCUCACCAAGGUGCGCAUGCAGUCGCGCGUCGCGACCGAAGAGCUCAAGCUCGAGAGUCCGAUCGAAGAGAACGGCGAAAACUACUCGGUCGGCGAGCGCCAAAUGCUGUGCAUGGCGCGGGCAAUCCUGCGGCAGAGCAAGAUCGUGGUCAUGGACGAAGCGACGGCCGCGAUCGACCACGAGACGGACCAGAACCUGCAGCAAGUGAUCCGGACCGCGUUUGCCAAGUCGACCGUCCUCACGGUGGCCCAUCGUCUCGACACGGUCUUGGAUUGCGACCGGAUCAUGGUGUUUGACCAAGGCCGGUGCGUGCAGUGCGACACGCCGCAAGCGCUCAUCGAUGCGGGCGAGGGCAUCUUCUUUGAACUCUGCGACGAAGGCGGCUACUUGGACCGGAUCACGUCGCCUACGACAACGAGCACCGAGUAGAAGCUGGUGAAGUCCAGUGCAUUUUUCAUCAAUAUAGUUAGUUGGGUGUAUGCGUCGCGUCGGUGGCAGAAUCGAUGGCUUGCUAGAACGACUUCUACAUGGCGGGAGCUACACUGGUCGCAGCAAGUGUCAUGCACAUUAAGG